AUGCCCACAGACGGUCAGGCCACGGACCUCACAAUCAUAGACCUUACGCUGACCACUUCGGACCUCACCCUGGCCCACAUCACGGUCAUGGGAAACCAGAUGUGCCUCAUUGGAAACACCACGGGCCGUUUCAAAGACCCCACGGCCAACAUGGAUUUGACCACAGCCCUAGAUGUGGAUGUAAAUCUUUCUUUGCAUCCUGUUAUCUUCACGGCCAUAGAGGACCACGCGGGCAACACGGAAUACAUCACGGACCGUCUCUAG